AUGGGUAAAAGUAAGAGUUCCUCUAAAGAGUCCAAGUCCGUGGUCAAGAAGUCCAAGACUGAAUCUUCCAGCAAAACCGCCGAUGACUCUGUCGAUAACUACGAAAAGAGAAUGCCUGCAGUUUUGACUUUUGCUAAACCUUUGGCAUCCAAGAAAUUGAACAAGAAGACCCUCAAGACCAUCAAGAAGGCUUCUAAGGCCAAGCACGUCAAGAGAGGGGUCAAGGAAGUUGUCAAGGCUUUGAGAAAGGGCGAAAAAGGGUUGGUGAUUAUUGCCGGUGACAUUUCCCCAGCUGAUGUGAUUAGUCACUUGCCAGUGUUGUGUGAGGACUCAAGUGUUCCAUUCGUUUUCAUCCCAUCUAAGGAAGAUUUGGGAAGCGCUGGUGCCACCAAGAGACCAACCAGUUGUGUGAUGAUUGUUCCAGGUGGUGGCAAGAAAAGCAAGAAUAGUGAGGCUAAGGAAGAAUACAAAGAAGGUUACGAUGAGAUUGUCAAGGAGAUUGCCACUUUGGCUUAA